UUUUCUAUAAAUACGGGAAGGCCGAAAAGAGGCUCAUACGCACACAUCACAUCAUCAACUUUCUCUCCUCCUCCUCCUCCUCCUCCUCCUCCUCCUCCUCCUCAUCAACAGCCCAUCCACAGACAGGGAGCCGCGCCUCCUGUGCACAACCAAGUUAUAUAAAAAAAAGGCGCCUCGUUCUUCCUCAAAACUCCAUUCACAAGUGUCCUAACCUUUUUAGAUUGCUCACGGAAAGAAUCUUGUUCUUGUUUUCUCAUAAUUUUUUCCUGGCUGUAACCGCAUUGAAGCCAAGGGGAUAGGAGAAAAUUUGGUAAAGUUUCGGUGCGGAGAAGGUUGGAUUUCGGUUUUUGAAGAUCUUUGUCGAUCAGUGGAUUUCCGUACUAUAUUUUGGGGUUCUGAGAAGGAGCGAUGCCAAUGUACGAGUCUAUUAAGGGAUAUUGCAAGGAGGAAGAUGAAUGGCGGAGGAAGGGCGCGGGUAGAGGUAGUGAUGAGGAGAGUAAGUGUCUGAUGAAUGACAAGGAUCGUAAAUGUGCCGCCGAUGAUUUCGAAUCGGCUCUCCAGAUCUCUCAAUCGCCUCGCCUUCCGAUUGCGAAACGUGAUUCUCCUCUUUCUCUACAACAACAACAACAACAGCAGCAACAAACGCAACGGCUUGUUUCUCUCGACGUUUUUCGCGGACUCACCGUCGCGCUAAUGAUAGUUGUGGAUGAUAUUGGAGGAAUCCUACCUGCCAUCAAUCAUUCACCAUGGAAUGGUUUAACCAUUGCAGAUUUUGUCAUGCCAUUUUUCCUCUUCAUUGUUGGUGUUUCGCUGGCAUUUGCAUACAAGAAAGUGUCAUGCAGAUCAACUGCAACGAGAAAAGCUAUACUUCGGGCAUUGAAGCUCCUACUGUUAGGCCUUUUUCUUCAAGGAGGUUUCUUCCAUGGUAUCAAGAAUUUAACUUAUGGAGUCGACAUUGAAAAAAUGAGAUGGUUGGGUGUACUUCAGAGAAUUGCAGUAGCAUAUUUAGUAGCUGCUUUGUGUGAGAUUUGGCUGAAGUGGGAUGAUCGUGUUGGUUCAGAUCUAUCUUUGAUGAGAAAAUAUCAAUAUCAUUGGGUUGUAGCUUUUGUGCUUACAACUACAUAUCUAUCCUUGUUGUAUGGCUUGUAUGUUCCUGACUGGGAAUACCAGAUUCCAGUUGAAGCUCCUUCAUCAGCACCACCACAGAUAUUUUCAGUAAAAUGUGGAGUGUGCAGUGACACUGGACCAGCUUGCAAUGCUGUAGGAAUGAUUGAUCGUAAAGUACUGGGCAUUCACCAUUUAUAUGCAAGGCCAAUAUAUGCAAGAACCAAGGAAUGCAGUAUUAACUCGCCUGAUUCUGGCCCUUUACCUCCGGACGCCCCUUCAUGGUGUCAAGCACCCUUUGAUCCAGAAGGACUUCUGAGUUCAGUGAUGGCCAUUGUUACCUGCUUGAUUGGUUUGCAUUAUGGGCAUACCAUUGUCCAUUUCAAGGUGAUAAAAUUACCAUGUGUCAAAGUUUAUUUUCUUUUUUCUUCUCAUUUGAAUUUUGGUCCCCAGUUCCAGUCUAUUCUGGUGACGCUUGAUUCAUGGUGCCUGUUGCAGGAUCACAGGGACAGAAUUUUUCAGUGGAUGAUCCUAUCAUCCUGUCUCUUAGUCUUCGGCCUUGGCUUGGACAUUUUUGGAAUGCGUCUAAACAAGGCUCUCUAUUCAUUCAGUUAUAUGUGUGUCACUGCUGGUGCUGCUGGCAUUCUCUUUGCUGCAAUUUAUGUUCUGGUUGAUGUGUUCGGAUAUAGGCGCGUAAGUUUCGCAUUGGAGUGGAUGGGCGUGCAUGCAUUAAUGAUUUAUAUAUUUGCAGCAUGCAAUAUCUUACCUCUCAUAGUGCAUGGAUUCUAUUGGAGGCAGCCCCAGAAUAAUAUUCUUAGCUUAGUUGGAAUCGGAAGGAGAUGAAGGGAUUGCAUUACAAGAUCCUUAUCCAAACAGACUACCGACAGCCUUUAAAACUUUGUUUAGUUGUAGUCAAUCUUAUUAUUAGAGAGCUGAGGUCUUCUUUGUAAUCGGUGGAAAAAUACCUUUGCGCUCUCCCUCUCUCUUUUUAGUGUUGGAGCUUCUAUAUUUACCAGAUGCACAGAGAAACUGGAUCUGGAAAAUUAUGGCUGUUACUUGUACAGGUAGUUAUAACACGAGAAGUGUAUUAUUGAGUUAUCUAUUCAUAAUAACACAUGCUUAAUAUUUUAUCA